AUGAUAUACAUUUUAAGGUUUUUGCAUUUUUUAAUUUGUAUUUUAUUAGUGCUUAAAGUUUGUGCUAAUGAAAAUGUAAUUAAAAACGACGAUGAUAGAGAUGAUGACACGGAUGAUGCAACAGAGGAAACCUUGGAAAUUCCGAUGAAUUCAACAGGAUGCUCAAGAAAAAGAAAUAUUCUGGUGCAUGAGAUCAAAAAAGCCAGUAUCAGCCAAUUUCCAUUUAUGGCAGCUUUAAUGUCAUCUCGUAAUGAAUACCUUUGUGCCGGUUCCGUAGUCUCUAAUGGAGUAAUACUCACCACUGCUCAAUGCACAGAAUUUGUUAGCUAUGUACUUUUAAAUACUACAACUGACAAAAAAAAUGACAACACCUUGCAUGUUAUUAAAAGUGAGAAAUUUCCAACCUUUAUAGGUAGUAACAUUGUCAAGGAUGUAGCUCUUGUAUACACAGAAAAAUUUAAUACUACGAUGGCAACUAAAAUUAAUAUUAGUAACUACACGUCCGUCAAAAAUCUAAAUGAAAUAGAAGCUCUUGGGUUUGGACUGAAUGCUGAAAUUGACACAGUAAAAGAACUGCAGUAUGUUGGAUUAGAAACAAAGCCUAAAAUAAACAAUCCAGGAGACGUGAUUGAAGGUUAUUUAGAUUGCAUUGAUACAAAGGUAUUGACAUGUUUUAAGGACAAGGGUGGACCUGCAAUAUUUAACAACGAGUUAGUUGGAAUAAUCAUCUCGGGCCAGAACGAAUGCACGAGAGAAAUAACAUCUACAUACGCGCUAAAUAAGCUAAUGGUAACUGCCAUUCCAAUUUAUACGUUUAAAGCUUGGUUUGAUGAAAAAAUAGCAAAAUAUAUUGAAAAAGAGGAUGCCCAAUUGGAGGUUUUUCCUAAGAAGCCAAUUACUCGUAAGGCUACCGUACGUCAUGUCAUGACGCACGGUAGUGCAGGUGGUAUAAAAGAUAGAUUGCAACCUUAUAUAUUAUUACUACCAUUGUGGUGUUUUAGAUUU